UCCCCGCUGUAGAUCUGCUGUUUUAGCAAGCAAUGGGAAAUGGAGACGGAUGUGCCUUCCACCAAUGAAGUGGAUUCUCAGAACUGGGAAAUGAGAUGUUCGCCAAUGAAAGCACUUAUAUCUGUUUAUUUUUGCUUGAAAUACUGUCACACCGGACAUUUUUGUUGUACCUUAAAUUCUGAAUAUUACCCGUUGACUUUUCCAUGUGGUUUCUGACAUACAUGCCCGUGCAAUAGGCUUAAAGCAAGAAGUAUGGGAUUUGGUUCAGUUAAUACUAUGCCUGAAUGUUCAUCAGAAACCAAACCCUUUCAAAAAUUUGAAUAUUUUGCAAAACAUGAAGCUGAAUCCAGAGUUUGGUGCAUCUCUAGAAGUUAUAUGAUUCCUAGAAACCAGUUCAGCAAGUGUGGCUGCCUUUCAGAGCUUGUGAAGCAUUGCUUUGGUAUUUCAGAAUCUAACCUAUAAUUGAGUUUAGUGUAUUAUAAAGCGGAGCUUCAUCUCCUGCUUCAUGGGCAUCUGGGAUCUACAGACUAACUGACAGCAGGUAGGCGGCUGGCUAUGAGGCUGAGUGUGAUUGUGUGUCUCCGUAGUGACGGAUGGGGCGGUGUAUAACCUCUCCCAGCAGUCCCGGACAGGCCGGCUGGUGAGCCUGCAGGAGGCACGGGCCCAGCCUCCUGGGAGGCUGCUUCUGAGUCCCUUACAAGCCCCGCCCCCCCUAUCUCAGCAGCAGCAGCAGCAGCAGCCCAAGGAGCUGGAUGCACGCCGCCACUCUGUGUUUUAAACAUCCUUGAGAGCAGUGCCAUUAAUUAGGUUAUAUAACUAAAAUUCUCAUUGCAUGGUCACUAACAAGCUUUCAAUCGCUUUAUUUUUAGUAUGCAGAAAAUGCAGCACGAUUGGUGCUGUAUUUCAAUUUGAAUUUACUUUGCAGAAUAUGUCUGUACAACAAUUUGUGUUUGUUUUCGAGUUUCAAUAUUAGGUUUUUGAACUAUUGAUGUGAACCUUAUUUCCAUUGUUAUCUAGAUUAUAUGUUGUUGUCAGGUUAUUUCUAUACAGGCUUCCUUUUCAGUGAUUGCAAACUUGAACCCACUUGUCAAGCUCAAGACAAACUGCAGCUUGUUUGACUCCUAUUGCAUCACCAAAACUAGGAAAUGUUUGCAAUAAAAUGUUAUGUUUUACUGUUAUGUUGAAGCAACUUUGAACGUGUCUUUAUUUUUUGUCAUUAUUUUAAGUGUCUACUCUGCAGUUUGGGUGCAACAUUUCAGGCUAUCAAGUUUUGAUUUGAUUUUAUUUAAAAACAUAGGUAAAAGGUUUGUUGCUGUGUUUUCUUGUAAUUUUAGAACAUAAGCAAACCAUUUUUUAACUCCAAUGUGUGUGAUUCAGCAGUUUGCCUCUAAAAAUGUAUAUUCUCCAUGUAUGCGAUAUGGACAUUAAUCCCUUGAGUCCCAUUGAUUUCACCUCUCAUUUUUUAUUCCAUCUAAGCCUCCAGCCUGCUGGAAACCUAAAGUGUCUUUAGCUGGUUCCCCCCAUCUAACACUGGCUUUAUUUGUAGAUCUCAGCUGUUCUGCUCAAACCUGCCUCAGCAGUUUUGAAUCCUUUCAAAGUGUUCACGUGACUCUGUGUUAACCUUGCUCUGUAUGCCCCAAAGGCAGUCUGCUUCAUGGCAACUGCCAUAGAGACGCCUUCCUGCCGCUAUCUGGCCCAGUUACCCACAAUGCUGCUUUGGCACAAGCUCUGUCAUUUUGGUCAUUUUUUGUGUGAUGCUUGUGCUAAUAUGCUGCUUGUCUGCUUGAUGGAGUCUCUGUCUCUCUGUCUUUUCCCCUGUCUCUCCCUUCCUUCUUUAGAGCGGCAAUCCCUGACCAGACCCAAGUCGUUUGUGUCCACCAAGCUGCUGACCCUAGAGGAGGCUCAGGCCAGAACUCAGGCUCCUUCGCUCCAACUAGGAGCACCACUAUCCUUCCAGGGCAAGUUCCACACUGUACUUGACCUACCUGAAGAAAGGAGGAAGAGGGGCUUUAAGAGCCGGAAGUCAGCGGGAGGAAGCUGGAAGACGUUCUUCGCCAUGGGGAAGCAGGGAGGCUCUGGCCGCCGGAAGCCCAUGCGGAUCAGCUCCCUGUUCCAGCCAUCCACUUCCCAUGCUGGUUGCCGCGUAGACAGUCUCACCCUGCGGUCAGCAAAAAGUGAGGAGUCUCUGUCCUCUCAGCACAGUGGAGCAGGACAGACGAAGUUGCAGCGUCUCCGCCGGCCGCGCUCCAGCAGCGACGGACUCUCUCUUGCCUCCCCGGCCCAGCCUGAGCUGCUGUCCCAACAGCCACCCAGUCGCUCCUAUGACAGCCUCCUGCCUGAUGACCCUCAUGCCCCUGGGGAGGAUGAUGCCAAUGAUGACAAUGCUGAUGCUGAGGAGGAGGAGGAUGAGGAUGGUGUCUAUAUGCUACCAGAUUUCUCUCAGGACCCUACGUCGUCAUGGAUGGCGGAAGACGUGGCCGACUUUAGCCCCACAUUCCUUGAAGACGGCCCCAUAGGACUGGGCAGCAUCGCUGGGGUCAACAGAGAUUCCCCCACUGCUGCCAAGUCGCCACCCUACCGCUGUGUUAAUCACAAGGGGCCCUCCCACUCUCGCUCCCAAAGCCAGCGCUCCGUCACAGAGGAUCCGGACUCGGUGCUCAAUCAGUCGGAGGUGGCAGCCCGCAGGAGUCUCAUCCUGGCUGCAGUCUCACCGCCCAUACAGAUGUUCCUCCAGCACAAACCCACAGCAGUGGCCCAGCACACAGAGGCCAGCAGUAGUCCCCCCCACAGUCAGCCCGUCACUGCCUCCACCUCCUCCCAUCUGCCUCAAGAGCGGCGCUCUUUCACCCGCAAGAUGGUGCAGGCGCUUUCUCCCAAGGCACCAAAGUAUCCUCCACUAGAUAUCUCAGACCCUGUCGCCAUCAGUGUCCCAGCGAAGGUCCUGGAGAUGAUAGGUGGCCGUGCUGGUGAACUUCAGCUAGGACCACAUAGUGCUGCGCCCCCCCAACCACCUCAGAUGAUUUCAAUGCUGCUUAGGUCAUGUGACUUCCAGCUAACGGAGAACUGCCAGCAGGAACUGCGCAGUAAACUGGGUGCAGAGGUCAAGGGUCAAGGCAUUCUCUUCUCCCCCAGCCCUGUCCUGCCCUCACAGCAGCCACCCCCACCUCCACCCAAAAAUCCUGCACGGCUCAUGGCCUUGGCCCUAGCAGAGAGCGCCAACAAAGCCCUUCGGGGGGAGGGCAUUUCACCCCCAUUCUGCUCCCCCCAGUUCCAGGAGAGCCCCUCCCUCAAGGGCCCCCCUGCUGACACAGACAACGUGCUGGCCUCAACUUCUGACGCAAACCAACUUUACUCCACCGUCCGCCCAUUAUCUGCAUGGAUGUCUGAGAGCAAGACCAACACAGCUAACCCACAGGAGGGGCCACAGCAGGCAGGCAGUCCUCAGGGGCAGGAUACAGGCACUCUUUCCUCGCAGACAUCAGCCUCUGACUCUGGGGCAUCUAACUCUGAAGUGUCAGCUGGUAGCUCAACUGGAGAAUUGAAUACAUCUCCAGGUCUGAUCUACAAAAACCAGCAGCAGCAACAGCAGGCACAACAUAAAAUGCACGGCCUAUUUCCUGAAGAACAACCUAACGAUGAUGAAGCUUCAUCUCAGAGGAAGGCUCCUCACUAUUCCCGUCAGUUUUCUGCUCCCCACCCACAGAACAAUCCCCCCACCCAGCCUCAGCUCCUGCACUCCAAGUCAGAGAGCUCCCCGCUGGCCCAGGUACAUGCUGUCCAGUCCCCAUGGCCCAAGGUGCCCUCCAGACCACUGGAUCGGACUCCUCUCUCCCGGGCUGACAAUUUCAUGCGUCGUUCCCUGGAUGCUGCGCGAAUUCGGCGUAUUAUCACCCAGUCGCAGAACCCUAGUGCCCCACUGUCACGGGCAUUCUCCGAGCGCAUAAGCGGGACAUCACAUGUGGUGCCGCGUUACCAAGCUUCACGGCCGCCCAGCCGCUCAGCUUCCACUGCCAUGCGGCCUCAGGCACCCCAGGCUUCUAAGAUCCAGCCCAUAGCAGCUACAGAGGAUCAGGGCAAAAUGGAGAACUUCUACUAUGAAAUAGCUGCACCUGAACAUCCACCACCCAGUUACACCCGGCACAGCUACCAGAACAUGAGGCUGGAUGCAGAGGGGAACUACCGUCCUGGUAACACUGAGGCAAGCCAGCAGCCUCUCUCCAGAGUCCCACCCCAAAAGCAUAGUCCACACCCCAGCCAUCUAUCCAUGGUGACCAAGGGACCCCAGUUAUGGUCUUCUGAAGCCACGCGUGCCUGGGCGGCAGCACAGUCCCACUCGUACUCCUUUUCUCACGGCCAUCAUCGUCCUCAGGAGAGCUCCCCAAUGCAUCACCCCCUGUGCCACCUCUCCUCCUCAGUCAGGCUGUCCUCAAACCCCACUAUGGGUAUACCACUCUCAGUCCACCAGCGCCACCAGCAUCGAUCCCAGUACUCCCCCUCUGAUCUUGCUGCUUCACAGUUGCACCCCUACUUUGAGAAUGGCAAAGUGUGCUACCGGCAUUUUGAGCCCUUCGGCACUGAGAAUCAUCAUUCCCUGGCAGAGAUGCCAGUGCAGUCACCCUCUUCACUGGUGCUGAGGCCCUUACCAAAGCAGCCAGAGCAGUCCGAACCCAUCUAUGUAAAUUUCCCCAUCAGCAGCCCCAUUAGUGCCAGUAAAACCAAAAGCUGGGCCACCACUGACUUAGACGGAGACUCCCAGCAAUCAUCUGACUCCCUGGCUCCACCUUCUGAUGCGCUCGCUGAUUCCUCCAACCCUGAUGCUAAACAAGAGAAUCCUAAACGAUUGGCUUCCUCUUGUUAUGACAGUCCAACACAAGUUGAGGUUGAAGACAGCCUGGUUCCCAAGACAACAGUAGCAGCUGUGGGACAUGCUCAGAGUCGCUCAGACACCCAGAGUGCCACUGUGGAGUCCAGCCAGAAACUGACUGGGAAAGAAAUAGCCUCUCUGCUUAUUGAGAAGCUGGCAGAGGAUGAAGGGGAAGGCCCAUGUGCUGUCACCUCCUCCUCCACCUCCUCAUCACCUCCACUAGAGCACCCCCCAAAUCCCUAUCCCAGCCAGCACCAGCACUCCUAUAAUAUCUACACAUCUGGACCAUUUCAUAGUCAUUUGGAGGGCCAGGCACCACUGCGUGGAGAGGGACCAGGCUUUCAGCGACCAGACCCUCUACGAAGGUCCACCUCGUCAGGCGGACACUACCGACAAGCCUUCGACGUAAUGCCAUCUGGUGAUCAAGUACUGAAAUUCUACCAUGCACAGGAUUUUAACUCGGCUCCUCAGGGAGACAACCCAAACCCCUACCCUGUUCGUCCCCUUUAUCAGGACCAACUCUAUACCAGCCAACCCUCAGCAGAAAAUGCCCUUACCUCCACUUCUGGCCUCCUCACAAACCUGUCACUAGGGACACCACGAGGGUUUAGUGCUCAACCAGGAGGUUAUCCAGCAGUCUCAUAUCAGCACAGUCAAUAUCCUUUCCAAUCUGCACCCAUGCAGGCCCCAUAUUCCAGUGCACCACGCAGAGAGGCAGUCUUGAAUCCUUCACUUCAGCCAUCUGGGCUCAGAAACCAAAGGGGCCUGGCUCGUCAAGGUAGCCUUCCGGGACCUAACUGGACUAUCCACUCUGAGGGGCAGACACGCAGCUACUGCUGAAUGGGUGUGAUUAGAAAACUGAUGUGCUUGAAGAAUCUUCCAGUUCUGAUGUUUGAAGGAUAAUGUGAAAACUCGCUGUGUGACCCCAUUUAAGAAGAACAAGACAAGAAAAACAUAUGUGAUCCUUGUUUUCAUCUGAGAUUGCAAUUUACUAAUAUAUAUGUGUGUGUGUGUGUGUGUGUGUAUAUGUAU